CCCGAUGGCGACAAGCACCGCUAUGCUGGGAUUACGGAGAUGACCUAUUCCAUAAUUUCUCGCCUCUAGAGGUUUAUUAGACCACACGUUGAUUUAUACUUACACCUGAAAGGUCGCAGAGGUCAUAAGUUUCCCGGUGUGCCUACCAAUGUCUCACGGGGUCCCUCAGGAAGGAGAGGUUCUCGUCUUCAACAUCCUCCUGUCUUGUCCCUCUCUCUCUGCUCCUCGUGACUCACUCGAGAACUUUUUUGGAUGAGGAAGAGUAGUUCAUUCAGAGCACCUACAGGACCCAGUAGUGUGAGUCACUGACAAAAAAAAAAAGAUUUUGAGUCAGUUGUCUCUGUGGGGAAACCACUAUUGGGAGAUUUUGCUGUCUCUUCACCUAGAAGUGGAAGGUUCUGAGAUUGUGUGGCGGUGUAGCGUGUGCGUCGCUGGGCUUGUGUAGUGUGUGCGUCGCUGAGGCUGUGUGGCGGUGUUGUGCGUGCGUCGCUGGGCUUGUGUGGCGGUAUAGCGUGUGCGUUGCUUGGCUUGCUGUGCCAUGCGUAGACUGAGGCUGUCCUGAGCGCGCAGUGAGCAUGAGCGGAGCAGCAGGGGGAACAACUGUUGAUCAUGCGGACUCGAGCCACCAAGUUCUCGCCCUUGACAGCCUGGGCAACUCUCACAAAGUGCUGCAGUCGCGGGAGUACGACACGGCGGGCUGGACGUUUGAGCAGGAAAAAUGGCCGCUGUUGAACCUAACCAUUCUGCCGAUCCUGGCGGUGCUGAUCUUCCUGGUGUGUGUGGCGCUCAAGAUGUACAAGUGGUACCGAGACGGCUCCAAGCUCAAGGCUCGCGGCGAUGUCGAGUUUGGGGACGAGAGUGAGGUCAACUACGGCAUCAUCACCGCGGGCGACAAACACUUCUGCCAGAUCGACAUUCGCUCCGACACCACGUCGGUGUACGACACGGUCAACUCUUUUCGGUAUAUGGGCAACGGCGCCGCGAUACAGCCCGGGCCACACCCGUACCAAGACACGGUGACCUCAUACAAGUCGUUGCUGCUCCAGCGAGCAGACGGGAGCCAGUACGACAGCGUCAAGUCAUACAAGGCCUUCCUCCAGCGCGUGACGCAGAACAAGGACCUGGCGGUGGAGGUGAAGCUGCUGGAGAACUACCCGAUUCGAAGCAAGAGCGCCGAGCACUGCUUUGUGGUGGAGGAGGAAAGCUCGGAGCGCUCGGGAGAUGUGGCCACCAAACUGCUCAACUUUCUGCCCCUCAAGAAACAGCUCCACACCGAGGGCAAGAUCAGCGAGCUGGAGCGCAAGAAACAGCGGUGUCGCAGGGCCAGUACUGACCUGCCUCCCGCCAUGAGGAAAAGGUCAGCCUCGAACCCCACAUGCCGCCGUGCGGUGGCCAGGGGGGCUGCCAGUUUGCCCUCUGUGCACUACGCAGUGUCCAGUGACUCAGACGAAGAAACGCAGCAGUCCUUCCAGUCGGACAGGAGGCGGAAGUGGGCAGAGAGGAAAAAGAUGUACCGUUCUACCUCCGCAGGGAAGAUCUCCAAAGACAUUAGCCACAUGGUUUGUGCUGAUGACGUGGUUGGAGUUGGAAAACGCCGGCGACAUUUUUCAGCGGACAGUGCUCGGAGGCCUGGCAAAACCUGGUACGUUCACAAAAAAGGGACCACAGCAAUGGCGAAGAAAGCGAGGGAGACGCCGCCUAAUGACCAUCAGGUCGGCGGCAGGCCCGAGUGCAAGGUGAAGGUCACAACAGACAGAAGGGGCGAGGAGUCUUCGUCGGAGAACCCGCACAGUUCUCCCUCGUCGUGCGAGGUGGAGGCGAUGUCUGACGCCGUGGUGUCGGACAGCGAGGAGGACACGCGGCUCAACACCAUCCUGUCCACAGCAUCUGACAAAACGCUGGACAACGACGUCUUCUUUAGCCUGGACUCGGGGGCAGAGCUCGGCUCGUCCACCGAGCUGCUGCAGCAUUCCCCGCUCCGCCUGUCCCAGGUCUCGCCGGCGGCCAUACCCCCGUGCAUCGACGAGGAACAAGACCUCAGGAACCUCGACGAGCUGGGGCCGGUGGGGAGCUCUCCUGAGACUCUCCCAAUCCCCCGUCUCCUUUAUCAUCCUUCUUCUUCUAGUAAUCAAAACUGCAGAAACGUAGUGAGCAGUAAACAAGUCUUUGUUGAGAACAAUCAUCAGGCCAUCCCCACCAUCUCUUCAGAUUUCUGUCAUUCCAAUAGUACUGUUGGCGACGCUUCGAAAAAACCACACGACGAUCCGGUGUCGACCCACCCACAAAGUUCCAGUACCUUGGCGGCCGACUGCCAUAAGCCCUCUGACGUACACAACAAAGGGGCAGAUCUCUCGAAAGAUGGGCUGGAGAAAGCAGCAGCAGCGGCCGCUGGAGGAGGGAAGGCCGGAGUUUCUGCGACGGGCAAGGUACAGAGCCCUCAGAGGGUGCAGCGCUUCCAUGUGACCUUUGUCAAUGCGGACAGCUCUACUCUACAGUCCGA